GUAACACCUCAGUUGUCUAUGAUUGUUAUUUCACUUUGGUUCCGAUGUCGAAAUAACAGUGAAAGUCAUUAUAAAAUAACAAUAUCUCACGAAAAUGAAUAAAUUAAAAUCGUCACAGAGAGACAAAGUGAAGAGGUUUGUCGCGUUCACGCAGACGAGCGAAAGCACCGCCAUAUACUGCCUAUCCCAGAACGACUGGAAACUGGAUCUAGCGAGUGACAACUACUUUCAAAAUCCUGAAGCGUAUUACAAAGACCCCGUAAAAGGGUCAGUGGAUAGGAAAAAACUGGAGCAACUCUUCAACAAGUACAGAGACCAACAAGAGAAUGAUAAAAUAACAGCGGACGGAGUAAUGAAAUUUUUAGAAGACCUAAACCUUAGUCCAGAAUCCAUAUUAGUUCUGAUCAUAGCAUGGAAGUGCAAAGCAGCAGUGCAAUGUGAGUUCACUAAAGAAGAGUUCACGACAGGACUGCUAGAGCUGGGGGUGGACAGCAUAGAUAAAUUAAAAGCUAAAUUGCCAACACUAGAGUCUGAAUUGAAAGAUACAAACAAAUUUAAGGAUUUCUAUCAUUUUACAUUCAAUUAUGCCAAAAACGCGGGUCAGAAGGGUCUGGAUUUGGACAUGGCGAUAGCUUAUUGGAAUAUUGUGCUCCGUGGGAGAUUUAAAUUCCUUGAUGCUUGGUGUAAAUUUCUUACGGAACAUCACAAAAGAUCCAUACCAAAAGACACAUGGAAUUUGCUACUAGACUUUGCCACACAAAUUGAUGAUGGCAUGAACAAUUACGACGCGGAGGGCGCGUGGCCAGUACUCAUUGACGACUUUGUGGAAUGGUGUCAGAAGCAGGGACUCACCGCGGAUGGGCUAAAGGCCCUGGAGCCAGCGUCCGGCUAGCUGUCACCGUACAGCCACCAGCGGCACGAAGCAGCAGAUACCCUUGCUGAUGACGAACUAAGUGAAAGCAUCAGCUUGCGGAUGUGGUUAUUGUUGCUACUGUCCCGCUUCGUGUUAUAUGGUUUUGAGCUGUGUACAGUGGAGUGGGUCGCGAUACUCAUCAUUUUCGAUUUGUGUAGCUGACUAAAUUGAUGUGGUAAAAUGGUAGGAUUCACAUGGUAUGCUCUCUGUAUUGUUGCGUGUGAUACUGUAAUAUUAAAGAUAUUUAUGAAAAUUGAUGUUGCGAUCUGUCUAGGAUCAUUAUAUGUAGAUAGAGAAAUUUAAUCGUUUUAUUUAUAUUAAAACUUUAUAAUAAACACAUUCAACUGAUAAUGAUAUUAACUGAUAGCAGGCAAUAAAUCAAUUUAAUAACUUUCAGUUUCCCUAUUCUCACGACAAGUGUGAUUGUUUAUCUAAAAUAUUUCGUUUAUUUUUCCAUGCUAUUUUCACUGCUUUUCAUUUUCUGCUACUUUGGCCUAAUUGAAAAUUAGUUCAAUUUAUAUUAUAAAUAAAUUUGAAAAUAAAAGCAUUCAUACUCACUUGUAUAGUGAAGAAGAAAACAUUGUUAAAAAAAUAUCACACUAGCAACAGUGCAUCGACCAUUCUGUGAAAAGAAUAAUUUGCUAUAGUUUCAAUUACUUUACACUCAACUGUAUAAAGCUCUUAUAAUCGUCCGAUAGUUAAAUUCAUUCGUGUAGACGUUCGUUGAAUCUAUUUACCUGUUGAGGUAUAAAAUCAAAGGUUUUUAUCAAAUGUAUAAAGUCAAAGUUAUCUUAAAAAAUUGUCUAGAGAAUUGAUAUUUUUGAAGCUUAACGGAUGAAGCCGACAAUAUCGACUGUUGGCCACAAACCUACAUAAUAUGGUUGUCUACAUGAUAGGGAUGGCGUUAAAUUAAGAAUGUAAAUAUGUAUAUACACAAUUAAUAAUAUUACAUUUUUUUAUUUUAUAAAAACUUAGUGCUAUUUAGUUUUUGUUUUGGUUUGCAGCUUUGACAUGGGGAUACAUUUUUCUUAUGGAGUAAAGAUCAAUUUUGCACGUGGCAUUGGUGGGUGGAACAAUGCGCUGUUUUUUUUCGUUAUUCUCUGCGUAAUUUUGACAAUUGUUUUACUGAGAUUCUCAUACAUUUCACCCUACAUUUUCAAUAAUCUGUCCAAAGGAAAUGUUUUAAUAAAUAUUUUUUCCAUGUUUUAUAUAUAAUUUAAUAAAAAAGGUCUUGAUUCCAUGAAUAAUCAAGAUUGCUACUUUAUUUAGUUCAGGAUUAUUUUAGAAAUGCCUUAUGCAGUGUACACGCUCUUUAACAUCUCAUCUUUAAUUUAUUAAACAAUUUCAUAGUAAUACUGCGCAUUUAUUUGUUGUUGGAAUUGGCACAUUGUUUUGUAAUUCUUUUUUAUUGUUUACUACUGAUCCUUUGGGAACUGGGGUAUUGUGCAAUUUUAACGAAAAAUAAACGUGCAAUUAUUGGAAAGCACUGAAUAUAUGGAAUUAUUUUAUUUUUGCUAAUUUGAGGAUUGUUUUUAUUGUGUAAUCAGAAUUAAUGUUACAUUAUUGUUCAGCUGGUGGGUAAAAUAUAAAAAUUUUAUUAAAAUUUUAAAAUAUAAUAGUAAAUUGUGCCUUGCAACUGCGUUUGUUGCCAUAGACAAGAGUUAAGUUGUAGGAAGCCGCUCGAAAAUCUACCGCCAGCUGUUGCACUUCGUUCUCAUGAAACCAGUAAUUUGUGUAAAAAGGUGUGGCAUUCGAUCUGUGAUUUAACAUCAGUGUUUAACAUUAACCCAUAUUUAUUAUAGCUUUUGAUUUAUUCCUGUGUUAUCCAUGUUUAUGUCAUGCAACUCAUACUAAGUAUCUUUAUUUAGUCUUCUGAGUACAUCCCCAUAUGUUAGAGUCCUUCUUUAAAACAGCAAGUCAAAUAGGAGUGCGUUUACCCUCGCCCAUAUAACAGACCAAUAAAACUUAGUAAUUACACAUUUUAAUAAUUAAUUUCCAUAAUUUGUGGACUUGUCUUUAAUUUCGAUAGAAUUAUUAAUGUUACUAGAAAAGUGCUGUUGCUUGCUAGAUUAACAUUAAAAUCGUAAUAAAAUGUUUGGUACUUAGUUUUUAAUGUACAAAAGAUGAAAUUGAUGUAAUGAGUAUUAAUUACAGUAAAUUGUUAAAUAAAUAA